ACAUUAUUCUAACUAUAAAUAUUCAGUUAUUGUUAGUGACAGCAUUUUUACGUAUAAUCGGCUUUGGUGAGUGUUAAUUUUAAUAAAUUCGAUUACCAAAAAUCAUCGUCCGGAUUUAAUUUUUACAUCAGGAGCCGUCUCUGUUAUCCAAACGAGUUCUAAGUCUAAAAAAUGUUAAAAUUAAAGAAAAAAAUUGUAUAAAUAAACCUUGGAAGUAUAUCACGACCAUAGUACAACUAAUUAAAAAGACUCACAUAAUAAAUCGAAGUUUUAUUGUUUUAUAUUGAAACCGAUUUACAUAAAAAAAGUUCAUAAAGAAGUAUCAUCGUAAACAUGAAAGUAAUUAUCUGGAUAUUUAUUUUACUAAAGACUGUAUGUGAUGUUGAAAGUUAUAAAAUUUUAUUCGUUUUCCCCGCUCCGAUCCCGAGUCACUUUUUUCUUGGAAACGCAUUGGCAAAAGGAUUAGUAGAUGCGGGACAUGAUAUAACAAUGAUAAGUCCUUAUGAACAAAACUACAAAUCAAAAAACGGGACUUAUAAGAGCGUCGUUUUGACAGGAAUCGCAGAUAUGAUGAUGGAUCUAAAAGUUCCUACGUGGGUCGAAAUCGGAAGAAUGAAUCCUUUUAUGCAGGACAGCAUAGUAUUGAAUCCGGGCACCGCUAUUGUUAAUUUCACUUUAAAUCAUCCGAAUUUUCGGAAAUUCCUCCGGUCCCCCGAUGAAAAAUUCGACGUGAUCAUUUUAGAAUUAUUUCUAAACGACGCGUUCAAAGUAUUAUCUUGUCAUUUUAACGCUCCUCUUAUAUUAUUUAGUACGUUGGGUCCGAAUUUUUGGACCAAUUCCCAAAACGGAAACCCCACGCCUUUAUCUUAUAUACCCGAUUUUUUUCAACCUUUUUCCACUAAAAUGACUUUCUGGCAACGAACUUUGAACACUUGGUAUACCUUAUUCCGAUUUUUUAACAGGGAUUAUGUUUUCCUUCCGAAACAAUUGCAGUGCGUGAAAAAGCAUUUCCCGCAAUGUUACACCGAUGAUUUAUAUUACAAAAGUUCUCUUACUUUAGUUAAUUAUCACGAAAGCGUUAAUUAUCCGGUACCGUUGGUACCAAAUAUGAUACCAGUCGGUGGUCUUCAUAUCAAACCUUCUAAUAAAUUACCAAAUGACCUUCAAGAGUAUCUAGAUGGUGCAACUGAAGGAGUUAUAUACUUCAGUUUAGGAUCUAAUUUAUUAUUUUCACAACUCGAUAAUCACAUCAAAAAAUCCAUAAUUAAUUCAUUCAAAAAACGAAAAGAAAUAAUCUUAUUAACUUGCGACGAGGAUCUUCAUUUAAGUAAUAUUAUAGCAAAAAAAUGGUUUCCUCAACAAGAUGUUUUAGCUCAUCCCAAAGUAAAAUUAUUCAUUUCCCACGGGGGAUUAUUAAGUAUUAUGGAGGCGGUAUAUAACGGUGUUCCAGUAUUAGCGUUACCCGUUUUUGCGGAUCAAAAAAUGAAUGGUGCCACUUUAGAACAAUACGAAUUUGGAUUGAGUGUUUUAUUCCAUGAUUUAAAUGAAGAUAAUUUAUCAGAAAGCAUAAAUAGGAUACUUACUGUGCCAAAAUAUCGAGAAAAUAUGAAAAAACGAUCAAAGUUAUUCCAUGACAGACCGAUGAAACCGUUAGACGUGGCUAUUUACUGGACCGAAUUUGUGGCUAAAUAUAAAGAUACGUCACAUUUAAAGGUAGCUGCAUUAGAUCUCGAAUGGUACCAAUACUUUUUACUAGAUGUCAUAGCUUUAACAGCUGUAAUUAUAAUUGGUAUUUGCGUAGUUAUUAUUGUAUCAAUAAAAUUUGUAUUGAAAAUGUUUUUAAAAAAAGAAAAGAUUAAAAUAAAUUGAUAGAAAACAGA